GUAAAAGUAGGUGAAAAAGGUCCAGAUGAAAAAAUUGCCAAGACGGUAGAACACCGGCUCCUACAGGAUUUGAUUUACAGCAAGAGUUACAGCAGAGAAGUCAGACCAGCUGUGCACAACAGCGAUGUGUUGAGAGUUCAGUUUUCUAUGAGCCUUGUCCAGAUUGUGGACGUGGUAAGUUUUAAAAAGUACAAAAAAGUGAAUAUAAUUUCAGGAGAUAGGGUUUUUCUUCAUGAUCUCAUUCCCUUGAGGCAAUCGGAAGGAGCUUCUGGCCCUGAAAAAGACUCGCGGAGAUCAAUCUUGAUCACCGUUAUGUAACUCGGGAACUAUUGAGAUCUCGGUUCCUGUGAAAAUUUUUACGGACGACUUCAAGGAGUUCACGUUUAGCAUACAAGUCUAGGGAUAACUGUUCACUUCCUUUCCAGUUCGCUCGACGUUUGUCGUUGCCGUGAUACGUUGGUCUGCUUGACUAUCAAGACUGCUGACCUAAAAUAAUUACUGUACGCACUCUUAGUUUCCCUCGAAACUUAAUUUUGUAAUAGCUAAUAAAAAUAGUGAUAGCGUCCCCAAAACAGUCCUGUACUGCAUUCUUACACAAUAUCAAUUCUGUCUUGCGCGUAGCCUCAUAAUAUCCAGUUGAGCAUAGUGUUUCACUUGACGUGCAACAUGCUGCAACAUUUGUUUGCAACAUGUGCAGGCGGAACGGCCUUCAGCUUUUGGCCAUCAAAUAGUUUUGAAUCAAAGAUUUGCUUGGUUGAAGAUUCAAAGUUGCGUCACGCUAUUGUAUACAAUAUGUCGGACUAAGUUUUUAAGUGAGUAGAAGAUUUAACUACAGCUGCCCCGCAAUUUCGGGGUUGGCACACUGUAUUAUUUAACCACUGUACAUAGUUUUACAUCUUGUGUUUCUGUCUUCAUCGUUACCUAGCAUAACGUUUUUAUUAUUUCAUUGCUGAUUACAAUGUAGUUAGCUCUGUUCGUUUUAAAUGUCAUAAUUCAACUAUUGAUACUUAAAGGACGAAAAAGCAGAGACACUGAAAGUCAAUGCGUGGACAACACAGGUUAGUGUUUAUCAAUUAGAUACGGCUACAACACUGAAUAUACUACCUUUACAAACACUUUGAAUGAGGAAUUUAUUACUGCACAAGCAACUCGGCUAAAAGAAGCUAUGUUCAAUGCCAUGAUUAAAAAUUUUAUCCCCACAUACGACAAAAAAUUACGCCCGUACGUGAGUAAGUAGCUGCUACUCUUCCUCUAUUCAACAACAGCCAUUUUCGUGCAACUAAAAUUUAAAAACACGUGGAACCUGGAGACAGUGAAGCAAGGAAGCUCUUGAUGAACGUUGGGAAGGGGAUUUAAAGAAGUAGAAAAGUUUGCUAUCAAUCGUUCUAUGCGCGCUUAAUUUUGAUUUCUGUUCCAUCCAGUCUAGGCGAAUGACACUGGUUGCUACUUGUAACCAGAGACACCGCAAGGCUCCUAAAUCUGAAGGAAGCAGGAACUGAUAGUUCAAGAAUAUAAAACAAGUUACUUUUGAGUGGCAAACCGCUCACUCGUAUCGUAGGUUAAGUGCGCAUCCUUUGUGAAUCAAUGAGCGUAUUUACGUGGAAUGUUUUAAAAAGUUAUUUUCGCUACGAAAAAGUCGGCCGUGUAGCUGUUUUGCUACUUUGUUUCUUCAUAGAGUAGAUACUUUCCUCUAAGUGCACACAAUGAGUGAUAAAAAUAAACGGAAUAAAAAAAGAAGCAUAUUGACACAGCGACAAUUAAGUGCUUUUCUAAAAUUGUAUCAUCAAUGUUUUAGGAGUGGAAGGAUCCUUUCCUUACAUGGGAUCCAAAUUAUUAUGACGGGAUCACAAAAAUCAACGUUGAACCAGAUAUGGUUUGGUUACCAGUCAUUAUCCUUUACAACAAGUAAGGAAAUAUCAAACCUGUCAUAAAUGAAUAAAGAGGUUGACAAAUUAAAGGGUUACUAUGAUAAAACAGAGACUUUAGUUAUUACAGUUAUUGUAAAUGUGUUUACAACUGAUGUCUUCUAGAAGUCAUCUUUCCGUUCCAUAUGCUAAAUUGGCAGCAUAAAUAACAUCACGUCUUCUAUUAAUUGAACAACGUCAUUGUAACUCGACUUAGACAUAAUCUAUUGACAGUUGACCGACGCAACUGAGAAAUGAUAUUUCAAACUAUUCUGCAAAUAUCCAUAGAAAAUAUAAGGAGGAAAUAGAAGUGAUUAUUUUUCAAAAUUAAAGCACCUGGAUACUGAAAACCGACUUAGAAGUAGCUUUGGGUUGUACAACUGUAGUUAUAAUGACCAGAAAGGGACAAGUGUAAAGGGAAAACAUGGUCAAGUGGUACAAACUCACUUGUGUCGUUUGCCGUAGACGCGACUCUAAAUCUCUGUUUUGCCUAGUCCUUGUACGGCGUCUUCCCAGGCCUUCUCGGUCAAUACAUUCGGUGACGUAUCCGAGACGAAAGGCCGCACCACUUGACCACGUGACCCAAAAUGAGGCCUAAGGCCCAGGCAAAGGCAGACAGACGGAUAAACAAAGAGACAAGUAGACAGAAAGACAGACAGGUAGACUAAAACAAACAGACAAUAAUAAAAAAAGAUCCUUAGCAACAUCGAUUGAUAUGUGAAAUACAACACAAUUGUGGAUUAAAAUUUCUUAAUAUUUUGGUUUUACAGCGCCGCUAAGGGUUUUACUGGAGGUUUGGAAAAGUAUAAGACCAAAGUGGUGAUUGACAACAACGGUACAGUCACGUGGUUUGCUGCCACUCAGUUUAUCUCCUCGUGUAAACAGAACAUUCGUUUCUUCCCUUAUGACGAGCAGCACUGUUUCUUAAAAUUCGGGUGAGUAUAAUUAGUUAUGUAGGACACAUUUCCAGCCAACAGUUUUUAUAACACUGAUACCCAGUCCUAAUCUAUUUGUGUUUGGAGUGAGAAGAGGUUGGAUACAGGUAACAGUAAUCUUUUCAACGACACCAUUAGUGCUUUAACUGACUUCACUCGAUUGAAAACAAAGAAGAAGUCUUCCCCAAAUCCCGGCUUUUAUAUUUGCUUGGACUUUUGGGCUCUGAAAGGAGAAACCUGAAUUUCUUGUAAGGGCAGUUUUUGUCCCACGAAGGUACCAGAAGCUGAAGCUGAUAUUAAGGUCAAUUAGGUCUUUUGAAAGUUGCCAGUAAAACAACGAAUUAAAUAUCUGUGUCAGUGAAAGUUUGUCAGGAGCCAGUUGAACCCCAUCUAGAGUUUCCGCUAUAAUCAAGGCAUAGAGCGCACAGCUUGUCACCACCUUUAGAUAAUCUUCAUAUUUUAUCUGCAGAUCUUGGACCUAUAGUACAAAGUUCCUGGACAUGUAUAAAACCCAGAAGAAAGCUGACAUGUCCAACUACAUAAAAAACGGCGAGUGGGAAGUAUUGGAUGUCCCCGUGACAGAGAAUAAACUUUACUAUCACUGCUGCCCGGAUCCGUACUCCGAUAUAACUUUCACCAUCCACAUGAAGAGGAAAGUUCUCUACUAUCUGUUUAACCUGAUCAUUCCCACAACUAUCAUUGUUACUUUUAUUCUUGUCGGGUUCUGCCUUCCACCAAUCACUGGCGAAAGAGUCACGCUCAACAUUACAGUGCUUCUUACCAUGACGGUGUUCUUGAACAUCGCCUCCAAUACACUGCCAUCCACAUCCGAUAGUAUACCCCUGCUGGGUGACUACUACCUGAUUCUGAUGAUACAGAACUGCUUCGCCAUUUUAGCUACGGUCAUUGUCCUGCGGUACUACUACGCUGGCCCAACGCGCAUGCCCGAACGGUUGCGCGUGAUAAUUAACGAGUGGAUAGCCUCUUGUCUGUUUUUUGUCAUUACCCAGAAGCCUAAGGGGAAAGGAAUCAAUCAGUGGUGUGGGAAACAAACCGACGAAGCCUGCUUCGACUGUGACGACACAGGCGAGUCCUUCAUCGUUCAUAACGGGAACAACACAACCGGGGAACGAAUUGCUUUGAUCGAACUUGGGCCAAAGAGCCCAAUCCCACGGGCAAAUGGAAUAUUACCCAAAGCACGAAAAACUUCGGGCAGUGGAUCACCGACCAAAUCAAAGAGCGAACCAGCCAUCAAUGCCCUCGCCGGUGAACACUCAGGUGCAUCAGAGAGGCGGAUGAGAAGGAGGAAGUUGCCCAUUAUUCCAAAACGUAGCAACACUCUGAACACACUGCAGAACAGAGUUUUAGAGGGCACGGGUGUACUUACCCGGCGAGUCAAAGAUGAAAACGAACAAGCGGAAAUUGCAGAUGANGUGGAUCACCGACCAAAUCAAAGAGCGAACCAGCCAUCAAUGCCCUCGCCGGUGAACACUCAGGUGCAUCAGAGAGGCGGAUGAGAAGGAGGAAGUUGCCCAUUAUUCCAAAACGUAGCAACACUCUGAACACACUGCAGAACAGAGUUUUAGAGGGCACUGGUGUACUUACCCGGCGAGUCAAAGAUGAAAACGAACAAGCGGAAAUUGCAGAUGAGUGGGAGUUCGCGGCCAUUGUUCUCGAUCGGUUAUUUUUUGUGCUAUUUUUCCUGUCAAGUUUAGCUCCUCUCAUGGUUUUCUUCAUGUCUGCUCCAACUCCCAUUCCAAGUUUGGUGGAAUCACAAUAA